AUGGUUUCGGGAGCUGCUCGGUCAGCUGUGCAGCUGCCCCAACGCGCCGCCACUUCACUCUGCGGCGCCUCGAUAUUUGGCUCUCCCAACAUAUUCAUCAGUCGCGCGCCCUUGGCAAGUCGAUGGCACCCAUUGCUAUCGCAAAUACGACAGGUUCAAACGGCAACGACCCCGACCACAAACGAACAAACAAGUGCACGCCGCCGAGCCGCGUUUCCCAAUGCUAUAACAUUACGCCGACCAUAUUUCGCACCGAGACAAGCCGGCUUCGUCGGGCUGGGCAGCCUGUCGCGCCCAUUUUCUCACAGUCGGUCGGUAUACAGGGAGCUCCAGAAAGAUGGCCAACAUCAAGAUGCAGCCCAGAAGCAGGUGGCAGAACCUGAGCAUGACCCAGAACAUGAUUUUCAGAAGAGCGAGAGGGCUGCUCAGGCUGCCCAGGUCAACCUGAGUGCCAAAUUAUCGAAAGAAGGAAAAGGUUCUGGCAAGGCAGGUUUCGAUGAAGUCUGGCGGUUGAUCAAGAUUGCGCGCCCCGAGCUCAAAUGGCUAGCUGUGGCCAUUGUCUUCCUGGUCGUUUCUUCCAGUGUGACCAUGUCCAUACCAUUUUCCGUGGGCCGCAUCCUGGACAUCGUCACAAAGGAUCCCGCUGAGGACGCUCGCCUCUUCGGUCUGACCCUGCCGCAUUUUUUCAUUGGUCUCGGCACUAUAUUAACGAUUGGCGCCAUGGCCAACUUUGGCCGCAUCAUUCUUCUUCGCAUCAUUGGCGAGAGGGUUGUUGCCCGCCUGAGGUCGCAGCUGUACAGAAGAACCUACGUUCAGGACGCUGAAUUCUUCGACGCCAACCGCGUGGGAGAUCUGAUCUCCCGGCUCAGCUCUGAUACCGUCGUGGUCGGCAAGUCCAUUACCCAGAAUAUCAGCGAUGGUCUGCGGUCCUUGUUCAGUGGCGGAGCAGGUUUCAUUGCCAUGAUCUGGCUCAGCCCUGGUCUCACAGGUCUCCUCCUCGUCAUGCUGCCUCCUGUUGCCGUUGGCGCCUUCUUCUAUGGUCGCGCCAUCAGAAACGUCAGCAAGGGUAUUCAGAAGAAUCUUGGCACACUUACCAAGAUUGCUGAAGAGCGAUUAGGCAACGUCAAGACCAGUCAGGCUUUCGUUGGUGAAGUUCAGGAGAUUAACCGCUACAACAAGCAGGUGCGUCGUAUAUUCGCUCUCGGUCGCAAGGAAUCGACGAUUGCAGCGACAUUCUUUGCCACGACUGGCUGGGCCGGGAAUAUGACAAUCCUAGCCAUGCUUAUUGUUGGUGGCAACUACGUCCGAACAGGAGCAAUGUCGGUUGGAGAUCUGACUUCAUUCAUGAUGUACACUGCAUUUGCUGGUUCCAGUCUCUUCGGUCUGUCAUCCUUCUACUCUGAGCUGAUGAAGGGUGUGGGAGCCGCAAGCCGUCUCUUUGAAUUGCAGGACAGACACCCAUCCAUUUCUCAGACGGUGGGCAGCAAGGUUGAGUCGGCACAAGGCGUCAUCAAGUUCAACAACCUCUCUUUCGCCUACCCCACCAGACCCGCCGUCAAUGUCUUCAACGGUCUGAAUUUUGAGAUUCCUUCGGGCUCAAAUGUUUGCGUUGUUGGUCCCUCUGGUGGUGGCAAGUCCACUGUCGCCAGCCUGCUUCUGCGCUUCUACAAUCCCACUGCAGGCUCCAUCACAAUCAACGGCGUCGACAUUUCUCAGAUGAACAUCAAAUCGCUGCGGCGGCGCAUAGGCAUGGUGGCUCAGGAACCUGUUCUUUUCUCUGGCACCAUCGCCGAGAACAUUGCGUAUGGAAAACCCGAAGCAACCAGGGCCCAGAUUGUCGUGGCAGCCCGCAAAGCGAACUGCAACUUUAUCAGCGAUCUUCCUUCCGGCUUGGACACGCAGGUUGGAGCGCGUGGCUCGCAGCUGUCUGGUGGACAGAAGCAGCGCAUUGCCAUCGCCCGGGCCCUGAUCAAGGACCCGGAUAUCCUCAUCCUAGACGAGGCCACCUCCGCACUCGACGCCGAGUCCGAGACGCUCGUCAACGCUGCGCUGGCAUCACUCUUGCGUGGCAGGAACACCACCAUCUCCAUCGCGCAUCGCUUGUCGACCAUCAAACGAUCAGAUCUCAUCAUUGUACUAUCAAACGAGGGUAGAGUUGCUGAGAUUGGCAAGUACACAGACUUGUCGGCUGACCCGAACAGCGCAUUCAGCAAGCUGAUGGAGUGGCAAAUGAGUGGAGGAGAUCUUCUUGAGCCGGCCCGGCCGAGCGAGCAAGCUCGUAUCACGGAGCAGGACGAGAUUGAAGAUGAUCUGGAGCAUGGCGAGGCCGAGAACGCCGAGGCAACUGCUGAGGAGGUGAAGAAGAACAAGACGUAA